CCUACUUUAAAGUACCUCCAAAAUCGAGGCCUUGACUGAGUAACUCCGAGCCGAGCUUCUCGACCUUUACGUUGCACAAGUCAUCCGAAAGAGAAAGAAGAUGGCAGCCUCCAGCAAUCCCCCGUCGGAUACCCCUUCCGGACCUAUCAUCGAUAUCAUCCGCCAUGGCCAAUCUCUUCACAGCGUCGAACAAGCUGGAACUAAGCUCCACGACCCUGGACUAACCCAAGCAGGUAUACAAGAUUGCAAAACUCUGGGCGAGAAAUAUCCUUUCGCCGAUAAAGUUACUGAUAUCUUCUGUUCCCCUCUACGCCGCGCCAUCGAGAGCGCCAUCUACACCUUCCGACCAAUCGUCAAAGAUAAUCUCGAGUUAGUCCUCCUCCCCGAGCUGCAAGAGAUCAACGAUACCCCUAGCAGUACCGGGUCCCCAAAUGAGGAAAUUCAGAAGUGGUGCCGCGAGUUUGGCGUGGGAGACAAUGUGGACAUGUCGCAGCUGGACGAAAAUUGGCAAGAAAAAGGCCCCGAUUCUCUCUACUGCCCGCACCCCAAAGAGGUCGAGAGAAGAGCUCUUGAUGUUCGUGAAUGGUUACGCGAUGCUGCCAAAGACGAAUAUGAGAAGGGAAAUCAUGACGCGCAUAUCGUGGUUGUGACGCACGGAGAGUUCGCACACUGGCUUACUGGUGAUUUCGCGGGAGUUAGUUACUACCGCAAUUCCGGUUGGGCUUGCACCGAACUUCGUUCGUACAGAUUCGAGGACUUAGAGUCGGAACGUCACGGAAAUGCUCCCCUGAAAGAGACACAAGAGAGCCGAGAUGCUCGUCGAGCUGGAGACGCGGGAACGAACAAGCGUGAGAACGAGCUAAUUAAGAGAGUUGCCACGAUCCGCGUCCAGGAGUACAACAGAGAGAUGCAUAGACGCAUACAGCGAAAGGAGGACCAGAAGACAAAUCAGCAGGAGGCGCGAAGGGGUGAGUGGGUGGAUGAACUACAGGUUGACCCGGAUGAGGACGAGGUGGAUGGGUAUACUUCGUCCCUCAGAGAAGAACCCAUGUAUAUGGAAAUCGUUCAGAACCCGCGCCCUCGCAAACGCCCUCGUAUUUGACCCUUCCCCCUUUAGUCACGAUCACUCGUAAAAGGCGCGCUGUUUUAUUACAUCUCAAUUUUUUCUUUUUUUUUUUUUUCAGAUUAGUAUUCGCCAACGUAAGCGCCGCGAUGAGUUACGAUUGUCUUAUACCUAGUAUUUUAGAAGACGCGAAUGU